AUGUCCACCAGUUCAUAUCUAUCUAUAUAUCUGUUUGUCUAUCUCUAUUCAUAUCUAUGUAUCUACCUGUCUAUCAUAUCUAUCUCCGCUUUUCAUAUCUAUCUAUCUAUCUAUCUAUCUAUCUAUCUAUCUAUCUAUCUAUCCACAACUAACAGUUCAUAUCUAUCGAUCUAUCUACCUGUCAAAUCUUUUUUCUUCGUCCUCUCUUUUACUUGUUUUUAUUAUACCCUUUUUCUUCUUUUUUUCUUAUUGCUCUUUUUUAUCUUUCUUCUGGACUGUUUCUUCUCUUGCUUAAUCUGCUCUCUCUUCCUACUCCUUUUCAUUUCUUCGUUCUUUUUUCUACUCAUUUUUCUUCACUUCUAUCAUUACUUUUUUUCUCUUCACCUAUUUCCUCUCUUUAUCAGCCAUAACUCCUUUUUUCUUCUCCUCUUCAUUUUUGACUCCACUUUGUUGUUUUUCUCUCUAUUUUUUCUCCAUUUUCUUUUCGUCCGACCCUUUCUCUUUCUUGUCCUCUUAAUGUUUCUUCACUUCUUCUAUAUAUUUACCCAUCGUAAAAAUUCUUCUCUUUUCUUUUUUGUAGUUCACUCUCUUUCUUUUCUUGGAAUUUUCUUCUUUGUCUUCCAAUCGUAG